CCCCCCGAAUUUCCAACCGCCCACCCAUCCCCAAAAUCCCCCCCCAAAAAAACCCAAACCGCGGCGGUGGCGGCGCUCCCAUGGUGCGGGAAGGCGGCAUGGCGCGGACCCCCUCGAGCUCCACGCAGGACAUCCAGAUGGACGUCUUGGACAACGCCGCCCUCCAGGGAUCAGAGGGGCUGGAAUUUGGGCUGGGCUCGCUGUCAGGAGGGGACACGGGCUGGCUGAGCCCCCUCCCCGCUGCGCAGGGCUCGGCCGAGUCCUACACCAGCCGCCCCUCGGACUCGGAUGUGUCGCUGGAGGAGGACCGGGAGGCGCUGCGCAGGGAGGCCGAGCGCCAGGCCAUGGCUCAGCUGGAGAAAGCCAAGACCAAGCCGGUGGCGUUCGCCGUUCGCACCAACGUGGGCUACAACCCCUCGGCCGCCGACGAGGUGCCCGUGCAGGGCAUGGCCAUCUGCUUCGAGCCCAAGGACUUCCUGCACAUCAAGGAGAAGUACAACAACGACUGGUGGAUCGGGCGGCUGGUGAAGGAGGGCUGCGAGGUGGGCUUCAUCCCCAGCCCCGUCAAGCUGGAGAACAUGCGGCUGCUGCAGGAGCAGAAGAUGCGGCAGAGCCGCCUGAGCUCCAGCAAAUCGGGUGACAACUCCGGCUCCAGCCUGGAUGUGGUGACAGGGACGCGGCGGCCCACGCCCCCCGCCAGCGGUGGCCUGGACAUGCCUAGCUUUGCCUUUGACCCCGAUGAGUUAGAGGAGGAGGAGGAGGCCGUGGAGGCGCAGCGCUCCCCUAAGAGUAGCGUGAGCAGCGUCACCACCCCCCCCGCCCACAGCAAGCGCAUCCCCUUCUUUAGGAAGACCGAGCACGUGCCCCCGUACGACGUGGUGCCCUCCAUGCGCCCCAUCAUCCUCGUGGGGCCCUCCCUGAAGGGCUACGAGGUGACGGACAUGAUGCAGAAGGCGCUGUUCGACUUCCUGAAGCAUCGCUUCGAUGGCCGUGUCCCUUACUCCCCUGUCCCCUGUCCCGUGUCCCCUGUCCCUCACUCCCCUGUCCUCUGUCCCCUGUCCCCAGCCGAGGUGCAGAGUGAGACCGAGCGGAUUUUCGAGCUGGCCCGCACGCUGCAGUUGGUGGCCCUGGACGCCGACACCAUCAACCACCCGGCCCAGCUGGCCAAGACCUCGCUGGCCCCCAUCAUCGUCUACAUCAAAAUCACCUCCCCCAAGGUGCUGCAGCGGCUGGUGAAGUCCAGGGGGAAGUCCCAGGCCAAGCACCUCAACGUGCAGAUGGUGGCCUCGGACAAGCUGGCACAGUGCCCACCUGAGAUGUUCGACAUCGUGCUGGACGAGAACCAGCUGGAGGAGGCCUGCGAGCACCUGGCCGAGUACCUGGAGGCUUACUGGAAAGCCACGCACCCGCCCAGCAGCAACCCCCCGAACCCGCUGCUGAACCGCACCAUGGCCACGGCCGCGCUGGCCGCCAGCCCCGCGCCCGUCUCCAACCUCCAGGUACAGGUGCUCACCUCCCUGCGCAGGAACCUCAACCUCUGGGGCCGAGAGGCCACCCCCAGCCCCCCCGGAGCCCUGGAGGAGCACGCGCUGUGAGGUGGCGGCGGGGACGUUGGGGACAUCGAGGAUGUCGGGGCAUCGGGACGACUCCUAGGCCUUGGGAGAUGGCUGGGAUCGGGGACAGCCCGGGGAGUCACAGCCCCCCACAGGUGUGGGGUUGGCCGUGGGUCACCUGGGAUCAGGGUGACUCCAUGGGAAUGUGGCCCCUCAGGUGUGGGGUUGUCCCUAGGGUCACCUGUCCUGGGAUCAGGGUGACUCCAGGGGAAUGUGGCCUCUUUCAGUUGUCCCUGGAGUCACCUGUCCUGGGAUCAGGGUGACUCCAGGGGAAUGUGGCCCCCCACAGGUAUGGGGCUGUCCCUGAGGUCACCUGUCCUGGGAUCAGGGCCACUCCACAGGACUGUGGCCCUCCCCAGGUGUGGGAUUGUCCCAGUGUCACCUUCUCUGGAAUGAGGGUGACUCCACAGGACUGUGCCCUCUUUCAGUUGUCCCUGAGGUCACCUUCCCUGGGAUCAGGCUCUCCACCCUGGGACUGGGGCCACCCCUGGGGUUAGGGUCACCCCAGGGGACCGUGAUCCCAAGGUCACCCACCCUGGGGACCCUGGGAUCAGGGCAGCCCAUGGGAUUGGGGUCACCAUGGGGAACCAGAGCCCCCCAGGAGUGGCACCAGCCCUGGGACUGUUCCUUUGGGAGCCUGUGUCCCCCCGGGGUACUGCAGGCCCCAGCUGUGGGACUGCUCCUGGGAUUGGGAUCACCCCAGGGAGCUGCUCCCAUUCCUGGAUUGGGGCCAUCCUGGGGAGCUCUCCCUGCCUGGGACUGCUGCCAACCCCACAUUUGGGGUCUCCUGGGAAUCUGUGCCUCCUCCUGGAGCUGCCCAGGGGAUUGGGAACCCCCAGGAUCUGCCCCUUUCAAGACCCACCCUGUGCCUUCCUGGAGCUGCCGGGCUGCCAGACCCCAUUCCCACCUUUCUGGGGGAGCCGUGGUGGGGACAAGACUUUGGGGGUGUCCUGGGUGGGGGGCACAGCCCCAUCCCUCCGUGCUGAGUCUGGGAUCCUGCAGCCACCCCCCGGGGCUGGGAACAGAGAGGGGACAGUGUCCUGUGUCGUGUGUGGCUCAAUCUCCCAGCGGGACUCUGCUGGUGCUCCAUCCCCCUCCCCUGUGCUGCUCCCCCUCCCCAUUCCCAGCCCUGCUGCCAUCGUGUCACCCACCAGCGGCUGGCCAGCAGCAUGUGUCCCCCCACUAACCCCCCACUAACCCCCCCG